GUCUUUCACUGCGGAAUUUUAGUGUACAAAAUGAUGGAAUUGAGGCGGAAUUGCCCGGAAUUUUAUGGAAUUACACAGAAUUUGAUGGAAUUACUCGGAAUUGAACGGUAUUUCAUAGGAAUCAAUUGGAAUUGAACGGUAUUUUAUAAUACCACAAUGGAAUUCAACGACAGUGUGAUGGAAUUUAAUGGAAUUGAACAUGCGCAGAAAGCAGUUUUUGAAUAAUCGCGUCACCUAACGAUCGUUUUGACAUAACCUAUAAAAGUACGUAAAUAUUUUGGUGUGUUGUCGAUGGUGCUCAAGCAACGGUUUUAAGAUGGAGCAGGAUGGAGCUCGUUGCGAAAUAACGUCAGUGGAAUAUGAGACGAACAUCAAAAUUCCCUCUUACUUGAAAAAUUUGUUAAAAGCAACUGGGUACGAUACACGGUUGGUUUUGACAAAACUGAAUGAAGAUCAUUUCAGUAAAAUAGAGACGUUUGCAGUAACAAAACUAGUUCCGAUGGUAUCUGCAGCACAACGGAAAGACUUUUUUGGACCAGUUUUUCACGCGGAUCCAAGCAGUUUCCAGAUUUUGGAUGGACAUAAAGUUUUAUUGCUCGAAAUCAGCGAGCAACUCAAGAAGAGAAACAAGAAGUAUAGUGAUCAGUGGACAAUGACUGAAAACUUGGAAACAAUUAAUGACGAAAAAACUUCAGAAGGAGAAGUGAAGAAAGAAAUAAAAUCCCUACAAUUUUCAACACAAAAUCUUACUGAAGAAAACGAAACAAUAAGCAGGAAACUGAAGCAGACAUUAAAAUCUAAAUUCAAAAAUUAUUGGCUGUCUGAACGAAUAGAAGAGCAAUGGAAUAAUGUGAUGAUGAAGACCUAUUUGACACCUUCGAACUCCCUAAAUUGCCAGAUUACAUGUUUCUGUAACCAAAAAAUUAUAAUCAACAAAUUAUCAAGAUCGUGUACGACAAAAGCAAGAUGGAUUUAUUCAAACUACCACACACACUUUGAGAAAAAACACAUUUUGAAAAAAAAUCCAAUAAUGAGUACAAAAUCCGCGACAAAAUCGAAACCAAUUCAAUCUAAGAUAAUUCAGUUUGUAACUCAACCGGACGUUUUUACGGAGAAUGAAGAUCAAGAAAUAAAAAAUCCGGAUAUAAAAAUCUCGGAAAAAGGAAAAUUCGACAGGAGCGAAACUUCUUUAGAUUUUGAAAAUAUUUCAAGGUCAACGACUCCUUUUGUUAUAGAUGAAACAGCGUGUAGUUUGGAGUCGAAUGAACAUCUACCAACACAAAAAUUAGAAAACGCUCAAAACAUAUCUAAUAAGUCAAUAAAUAUAUUAUCUUCAAUAAUAAUACCGCCUUGUGCUUCGAACAACUCAGAAAAAAAUAGUUUACAAGGAAUUUUCAUUGAAAGUGCUGAAAAGGAAUCUUCUUCUUUGAAGUUACCAUCGGUGAAAGAAUCAUUUUUUGGUACAGUUUCUGAUACAAAUUCUCGAUCCGAAAAGGAUUAUUCGUGUGCGAGCAGUUCCAAAUGGACUUCUUACAAAUAUUGUCGUUCUGAAAGACAAAGAAGAAAUUUCGAAAGAAAUCAGAUCAACCAACCUUUGAUUACAUCUUUUUUUACCAUAAAAAAACAUUUGGAAGAAACAAUUGACAAUAACCAAGAUCUUAGUAAUAUUUUCAAUCAAACUAUGAAAGAACUUUCACAUGGAGAACAGAAUUUAUCAGCAAGUGAUUUUUUACAAAAUCUCAUAGAUAUCUCUAAGACUAAUACUAAAUCCUCCCAUUGUAACAAAUACGAUGAAGAUUUUAAGAAAUUUUGUUUGUAUUUAUUCUACGCAGGUGGAAAUCUUCUUUAUGAAACAUUGUCUUCCAAUUUAAAAGAUAUUCUUCCAUCUUUAUCCACGCUUUAUCGAUUCCGAUCUCAAAAUGCAGUAUGUACAGAUGAAGGAAUUUUCAAUUUUACUGGUCUAAAACAAUUUCUUGAACAGCGAGAUCUUCCAAAAAUAGUAUGGAUAUCAGAAGACGCUACAAGAAUAACUGAUAAAAUACAGUACAACUCUAAAACCAAUAAGGUUAUGGGAUUUUCAUUACCUUUGGUAAAUGGAAUACCAAAUAGUAACGCCUAUGUUGCAACUUCUGCUGCUAGUAUUAAGUCAUAUUUCGAAAAUGGCUCAAGAGCACAAUAUGCUUAUGCAAUAAUGGCUCAACCUUUGAGCGCUCAAGUACCAGCAUUUUGCCUUUCUGUGUUUGCCACUAAUAAUACUUUCAAGUCGCAAGAUGUCGUGAAGCGUUGGGAGAUGCUGAGAUCUGAAGCUGAUAAAUUUGGAAUUAGAAUUCUAGGGUUUUCAUCAGACGGAGACCCUAAGUUGUUAAAAGCCAUGAAAAUGCAGGCUCAUUUUGUUGAAAGUCCUUCAUUAUUUAACUGUUUUUAUAUGGAUGUAGAUGCUAAUGAUUUUUGCCUAAUGCAAGACGCGGUGCAUAUUAUCACCAAAUUGAAAACUAGGUUCUUGAAGAAAGAUAUCAAUCUACCGAUGGGAGACUUUGCAGCAAAUUCAGAUCAUCUUAAUGAGAUAAUUGAAAAAUUCAGUAAGGGAAUACAUUUCCUAACCAAAUCGGACCUCUCAUCAGAAGACAAAAUGAAUUAUGAAAGUGCAUAUAAAAUGUGCCAAGAACCUGUCUUGAAUUUAGUGAAAAACGGAAUACUAAGAAGUAAUGCUACAUCAAUGUACCUGAAAAUAAUGUCUAAUUUAAUUAUUUCUUUAAUAAAUAAGGAAACCCAACUAUCGGAAAGAGUCUUCAGGAUAUGGUACAGCAUUUUUUUCCUGAGAAUAUGGAGAGCUUGGAUAAAAAACCAUGCAGAAUAUACAUUACAAAAUAACUUCAUCACAUUGAAUGCUUACACAUGUAUAGAGCUAAAUGGGCAUAUGCUUAUAAAAGUGAUAAAAUUAUUCCAGGCUGAUGAAACACUUGCAACAAACCUUAUUUGUCCAUGGCUGUUCAGUAGUCAACCGUGUGAAGGUUUGUUCAGAGCAGCUAGGUCAAUUACUUCAACAUACUCUACAGUGAUUAAUUUCAGCAUCAAAGAAUUUUUAGACCGAAUUGAGAGAAUAACGUUUAUGAAUUUUGUGGUCACCGAUUUAAAAACGAAGUUCCUUUUUCCUAGAGAGGAUAAAAAAUGUUUAGAAGAUAACUUUAACCUUACAACCCCGUUGGAAUUGAAAAAUAUUGAUUUAGGAAGAAUUCUGGAAGAAUCUUUAGAAGAAGCUCUACUUGAUGCUCAGAGACUAGGCAUGGAAGUGGAAAAAUUUUCAGCUCAAAUAUUCGAUGUAAGAAUAGAUGCACUAAGGGAUGAAUUCGAUGAUGAAAAUGACGAUUGCAACAUAAAUAUUAAUGCAGAACAGGCUGAUGGAAUAUCUACAUUUCUGGAGAGAGAUAACCUUCUGAGAACCAACAUGGAAUCUGAUGAUACUGACCAUAAUUCGAGCCAUAAUUCGAUCAAUGAAACUGAUUUGAAAGAUUAUUCACAUUUGAAUGUUGAUCUUUCAAUUGAAAGUCCUUAUACAGAAGUGGUUAUAGGAGAAAAUAAAAAAAUUAUAAUAAAGAAAUCUGCAUUGUGUUGGUUGUUAGAAGAAGGUAAGGGUAGAAUAAGCACAGACAGACUAAGGAGGUAUAAUCAAAAAAGAAAAUACGCUGGGAGAACCGACGUUAAACGUAAGUUGAGAAAAGGAAAACAGGAAGAAGAAUAUUCUGACAACAAUCUAUCCGAAGAAAUGAUAAUUGAAUUGGAUGAGAAUUCAUCGAAAGAGGAAUUAGAAGUACCCGUAGAUGAAAUCGAAAGUCACGAUAAGUCUGAAAUGGGUAAGGUGAUAAUUGAAGCAGAAAGAUAUUACGCGAUAGCAUAUGAUGAUGGAUGGUAUAUUGGCAGGGUUCUCGAGAAGAAUGGCAAUUCAUAUAAGGUCAAAUUCUUGAAGCAAGAUCUUCAAAAUUUUGUAUGGCCCAAAAAUUUGGACAUUCAAAAUGUGAUAGAUGUUUUCUUCAUAUAUGGUCCUAUAAGCAUUGAAGGAACAGAUCCUUUUCAAAUUACAAGAUUUGACCUGAAUAAUAUAAGGAAAUCCUUUGCUCAUUUUAAAAAAUCACUUUAGUACUACCGUUCUUGUUAUUAUAUCAUAUUUUUUCAACAUUCGAAUGUUUUUGAAUAUUUUUUGUUAUAAUAUUGGUACUUCUUCAAAGUGAUCGAUGGUUUUGUGGAAAAAUAGUUCCUUCGAGAGUUCCUUAUUUAUCAUAAGUUUCUUCUUGUUUUCUCUUAUACCUUUGUAGAGUUUUAUAUGGAAAAAAGAGUUUUAUUUUUGUUUUUCAUGUUUUAUUAAUUUUGAGUUUUAUACAAUGUUUUUUCUAAUAAAUUAUAUUUAUGUACUCGAAAUUUUAUUUGUCUUAUUUUCAAACAUGAUUCUAUUAGUAACAGUGGGCAGCACACUCAUGUUAGGUUUUCAACUUGAUAAACUGAAUUCGUAGUGGGUUUUAUUUUAGUCAUUAGGUCUACUGCAGUGCUACAGGUGUGAUAUAUAUGAAAAAAACCCCAGUGGUUUCGAUAUUCUAUUUUAUAGGCUCCAAAUUAUUAAACAUUACUGAGAUAAAUUAAACGGAAUUAUAUUCAAUUGAACGGAAUUGAGCGGAAUUAUGAUGAAUUCAAUGGAAUUUUGUGGAAUUUAACGGAACUGCGGAAUUGAAUGGAAUUUGGAUGAAUUGAACGGAAUUUUUGUGAAUUUUAGGUAUUUAAUCACGAAAUUGGAAUUUUAGUGUACAAAAAUCGGCCA